GCACGAUCAAGCUAUUGCCGAGAACGACGUCUGGUGUCAUCGUGCUACGAAAACAGCUUGAGACCCUGGUACUCGGCGCUUGGAGUUCGCUCGUCGCUCAGGGCUACCCGCAUACCGUCAUCUGUCCACACCUAUCUUCGCAUUCGAGCUUCGGCCACUACAUGUACUCUUCCGCGACACUCGACCUGUCAUACAUAUAGCCUAUUACAAGCACUCGUUGACAAGGAUUGCAUCGACUUGCGCCAACAUGGGUCUGACCGGCAUCAUUAACGGCAUUCUUGGCAUGCCAAAAGCUGCCGUGAACAUGUACAAUCAUCCCAAAUUCUGGAACACCCAAGAUCUCGACUGGGGAUACUCAGGAUAUCUUCUUGCUGCAUGUGUGGUGGGGCUCAUCACAGUAGUACUAUAUGGGAGCUCCAUCGGGUCCGAUGUCACUAAGAGGACCGACAACUUUGGCAUUGCCACCUCAUCUGAAGAGAAAUCGGACUCCAGUAGGCCGCCUAUACCACCACCAACCGAGAUCACAUCCCUUCGUAUCUACCCUAUCAAAUCAUGCCGGGGAAUCGAAGUCGACUCGACUCGGCUCAAAAAAGCCGGUCUCACGCUCGAUCGGAACUGGAUGUUCAUCGACAUGUCCACGAAAAAGUUUCUCACCAUCCGCAGUGACCCACGCAUGACCCUCAUCGACACCUCCAUCAGCGAGGGAGAAGGCGAACACAAAGGCCAACAAAUGCUAGACAUUUCGAUCCACAACACCGAAGGACGAGUCUCCAUUCCCGCAUUUCCCUCCCAAUCCUGGCUUUCCACCAACACCACCCUCGAGACCGUGAACAUCUGGGACAAAGAUACCGACGGCUAUCUCUACGGCGACGAGAUCAAUUCCAUCUUCUGCAAAUUCUUCGACAAGGACGUCUCUCUCGUCUACAAGGGCCCGACAUACCGCAUGGUAGCCAUCAACGGCACCAAAGAACUCUAUGGCAAAGACACCCCCCAUCAUUUCGCCGACGUCAUGUCCCUCCAAAUCGCCAGCGAAGCAUCCAUCAAAGAUCUCAACAAGCGUCUCGGCCACCAACCCCAUUCCCCCGACGCCCUGACCAUCGAACGUUUCCGCCCCAACAUCAUCAUCCGCGGCCGCGACGACCACCCCUGGGAAGAAGACACGUGGAAGCGCGUGCGCAUCUCCACCUCCAUCCCGUCUGAAGAAGCUCUAUACCGACUCGAUCUGGACGUCGUCGCUCGCUGUGCGCGUUGUCAGGUUCCCAAUGUGAAUCCCGACACGGCGGAGAAGCAUGCCAAACAGCCGUGGGACACGCUGAUGAAUUUCCGGAGAGUGGAUGAUGGGGGUGUGGCGAAAUAUAAACCCUGCUUUGGAAUGAUGUGUAUUCCGAAGAAUGAGGGCAAAGUCGCUGUAGGGGGUAGAUUGGAAGUUUUGGAGACGACGGACAAACAUCUUUAUGCACAGAGGGCUUUUAAGGACUUGUGAGCAUAGCGUGGCUGGGUGGCGGGCUGGAGAUGGCGUGAGCGACAUGUUGCCGUAGUACAGACAGUAAUGUAGCAUAAUGAACCCAG